AUGUCCGACGACGACGACAGAGAGCCCCAGGGCCCCUUCAAUCGCUUCAUCCGCUUCAAGAACCAUGUCAACUCCCAUAUCAGCGCCGGCGUCUCUGUCUUGACUGGCUCCAACGACGACGCCAACAAACCCCCCGUAGGUGAUGCCACUGCAGGGUCGUCAUCGCCAGGUCCCAAGAGACAGUCGCCCAUGGCCGAGUACUGGGAACACUGGUACCAUGUCGACCCUUACAGCCCGCACAACUUGCGCCAUCUCCCUCAGCCCACUCCCAACGAUCUGCCCCCCGGUGCUGACCCCGCCCAUUUUGGCUACCCCGAGGCCUUUGAGGACCUCAUGUCUGCGAGCAACUCAUCCCGAGGGAACCUCAUGGAUCUGGACAUGCGAGCAGCCCUGAAGAGGUCCGCCUCGGGAGCACAAGUCACCCCGGAGACUCCCUCCGCCUGGGUCAGGAGACUAUAUGGCGACGCCCUGCUGCCCCAUCCCUUUAUGUGGGAGCACCCCAAUCUGGCUGGACGAAUUCCAAAGCACUGGGAGGCUCACAUACGAGACUCGUUCCAAACCCAGCGUACACCAGGACAUGACCAAGACUCUUAUAGCGAUAUUGCCAAGGACAUGCUGGACACCAUACGCCGACUUGAAGGCAAUGUUGCCGAGUUGUUCUCCAAGAUGGACGAGCCCACGGGGCAGGAUGUGGCCGACACUCUGCGCAAGGUGCAGAGCCGUGUGGAGGACGUCAUGAGAUGGUUCUCUGAGGGGCGUUCUACGGAUCAGGACCCCAGCGACAGCCACGCCGAAUCGCAGGGUAAUGCAGAGGCUGCGCCGGUUAGUCAAGAAGAUCAGCCGGCUACCGAACAGGACCUCUUUGAAUUCAUCCAGUCCGCCUCAGCCUCAGUCGACAGACUCCUCAAGGACGUCCUCAAGUCCAGUCCUGGACAGGCUCCGCCACCGCCAGAGCGCCCCUCGAGGGAUAACCCGUCAGUCAGCGAGACGGUCGAGCAUCACCCCUCCGGCGGCAAGACAAUCAGGACGUCUUCGGAGCACGUCGACAUGUUCGGCUUCGUCCACUGCCGCACCGAAGUCAGGAGACUCAACGCAGAGGGCGAGACAAUCGACUAUGAUACACGCUACUCGGUCCGCUCUGGCCCCCGGGACGACCGUCCUCCGCUACAAGAAUACCGACCGCGCUCUGCCGCCUCUGUCCCAUGGAUGACGCCCGCGCAGUACUCGGCGUUUCUCAGCAGGUCCUCGGACGAGCAGCUCGAGGCGUUCAUGAUCGCGACGGCAGAGGCCGUCGAGUCGGGGCUGGACCCGAUCAAGAACCAUCAGAUGAGGCUGAUACAGCAGGAGCAGGAGCGCAGGGCCAACUCGAAGCCGCGGCCCGGCAGUCAAAGCCAGCGAAUCCAGGACUACUACCAGCAGCUGAUGCUCAUGGAACAGCAGAACAAGGAGCGCCUCCGGGAAGCUGCCGAAGCUGAAUUCCAGUCGACAAAUAGUGGCAAGCCAACCCCUGACGACGAGGACUACACAGCGCCCUCCCAGGACCAGGGGGGCCAGAAUGAGCCGAGGCCAGCGGGGAUCAACCACGCGCGACAGGACUACAUGGACCAGCUGAGGCUCAUCCAGGAGUAUAACAUCCGAAAGGGGUGGACAACGGCCAGAGCCGAGGCAGGUUCCGACAGGCCCGAGGGACAAGAAGAGCAGUUGAGCGCCGCCCGGGGAGACCAGAACAGGCGGAGGCCCGCCGCCAGAGGGAAGGAGGAGGUGGAGGCCCGGCCGCCUCCUGAAAAGCCUGAGGGGAGCACGAACAGCGAGCGCUCCGGGUGGUUCUGGCGUUGA